AUGAAGCCCCAACUCUGCCUCCACAGUCCCCUGAGGAGAUUGUACAUGUAUUUGCCAGUUCAACAGGAGACUCCAACUGAGUCCCCAGAAUCUCCCACGCAGGAGAAACCUCCAACACAGCAGGAGACCCCUGUUCAGACCCCUGGAGAGGUUAAACCUUCCACAACCCAGCAGGACACCCUGGCUCAGGAUUCACAGGCCCCCGAGGAGGAUGAAUCACCUUCAACCCAGGAGGAGGCCCUGGCUCAACUUCCAGGGACUCAGGAAGAGGAGGAACCUUCUCCACCCCAGCAGGAGGCCCCUGCUGAGCUUCCACAAAUUCCCGAGGAGGGUGAACCUUCCUCAAUACAGGAGGAGAGCCAGGGUCAUCAUGCACAGACUCCUGAGAAAGCUAAACCUUCUUCAACCCAGCAGGAGGUCCCAACCCAGUAUCCACAGGCCUCCGAGGAGGGAGAACCACCUCCAGCUCAGGAAGAGGCUCCCACUCAAUUCAACAGAUGUCUGAGAAGAGUAAGUCUUUAA